UCGCGAGGAGCUGUGACGUCAGCUGCUGUAUCCUGGACACGAAGAUGGCUGACAGCGGCUCCCUGGCAGCGAGGAGGUGCGACUCCGCCGGUGUGUCCAGUGUGAGCAUGGAGGCCAUCUCGGCUCUGACGGAGCUGGAGGACCUGGAGCGGGUUUACCAGCAGCUCUGUGCCGAGGAGAAAGAAGUGGAAGCUGAACUGGACAAACUGGUGGGGCAGCAGGGGAGCAUUCACACCAAGAUGCUGGCUCUGCAGAGGAUGGGGCCCAAUCUGCAGCUGAUUGGAGGAGAUGCCAGUCAGCUGUCAGGCAUGAUCACCUUUACCUGUAGCCUGGCUGAGAACGUCAGCCGCAAAGUCCGACAGCUGGACCUGGCAAAGACACGGCUGUAUAACGUCAUUCAGCGUGCUGAUGACAUCCUUGAUCUGAAGUUCUGCACAGACGGCGUGCAGACAGCGCUGCGGAACGAAGACUACGAGCAGGCCGCUGCCCACAUCCAUCGAUACCUUUCUCUGGACCAGUCGGUCAUUGAGCUGAGCAGGCAGGGAGAGGAAAGCAGCGCCGUGGACGCCAGUCUGACGAUGCUGCAGGAGGCGGAACAGAAACUAAAGGUCAUUGUCGCCGAGAAACUGGAUGAAGCCGUGGCAGCGGUUGACCUGGCACAGGUGGAAAGGUUUUUCAAAAUCUUUCCUCUGCUGGGGCUCCACCAGCAGGGCCUUGCCCGCUUUGGUCAAUACCUCUGCAGCCAGCUGGCCUCUAAAGCUGAGGAAAACCUGCUCUUGGCUACAGGUGGAGACUUGGGUGACAAGAGAGCACCACUGAUAUUUGCUGAUACUCUGACGCUGUUACUCGAAGGCAUUGCUCGUGUGGUUGAGACUCAUCAGCCUAUAGUAGAAACAUACUAUGGUCCCGGCCAUCUGUACACGCUCAUCACUCACCUGCAGCAGGAGUGCGACCGGCAGGCCCAGAAAAUAGUUGACAAGUUCAUCCAGCAGAGAGACUACCUCAACAAGUUUCAGAUUGUCCAGAGCAGCAUGAUGAAGAGUGUGCCAGCUGAGAGGAUCGAGCCCAGGGAGCUGGACCCCGUGUUGAUGGAGGUGACUCUGAUGAACGCAAGAGCCGAGCUCUACUUGCGCUUUUUGCGUCGUCGCAUGAUGGCCGACUUUGAAGUUGGGGACGCCCAGAGCGUCACACAGGAGCAUCAGCAGAAUGUGGAGAAGCUCCUGAAGCAUUGCUUGCUGAGCAGGACGAUGCAGGAGCUGAUUGGCUAUUACAUUCCAAUGGAGGAGUACUACAUGAGGGAGACUGUCAACAAGGCUGUUGCAAUGGAUACAUAUGAAAAAGGUCAGCUGACCUCCAGCAUGGUGGAUGACUGUUUCUACAUCGUGAAGAAGUGCAUCAGCAGAGCCUUGUCCAGCUCCAGCAUCGACUGCCUGUGUGCCAUGAUCAACCACGCAAACUCAGCGCUGGAGUCUGACUUCAGGGAGGUUUUGUAUAAUAAGCUGCGGCAGGGCUUCCCUGCGACCACGCUGCAGGAUAUCCAGCGCGGCGUGAGCAGUGCAGUGAGUCUGAUGCAGAGCAGCUUACAGCAGGGCAAGUUCAACACUCUGGGCAUUGAGAGCGCUGAGAACGCCAAGGCUGCUUUUCUGGUGACUCUAAAUAAUGUUGAGGUGUGCAGUGAGAAUAUCACAACUUUAAAGAGGAACCUCGAGAACGACUGCUCCAAGUUGUUCACGCAGGGCAGCGGUUCUGGCGAGCAAGCCAAGAUUGACAGCUGUUUGUCAGACCUUGUCAACACAUCCAGCAAGUUUAAGGAUCUCUUACAGGAGGGCCUGACUGAAUUGAACACUACUGCCAUAAAGCCUCAGGUGAAACCCUGGAUCAGCAGCUUCCUGUCCAUUUCACACAACAUUGAAGAGGAGGAGUUUAAUGAGUAUGAAGCCAAUGAUCCCUGGGUGCAGCAGCUCAUUGUUAAUUUGGAGCAGCUGAUGGCAGAGUUCAAGGCGGCCCUCUCUCCCGUUAUCUACGACACUCUGACCAGCCUGAUGACCAGCUUGGUAUCCAUUGAAAUGGAGAAGACGGUCCUGAAGUGCUCUUUCAGCAGGCUCGGAGGGCUGCAGUUUGACAAAGAGCUGCGCUCUCUCGUGGCUUACCUCACCACCGUGACAACCUGGACCAUCAGGGACAAGUUUGCCCGCCUCACACAAAUGGCCACCAUCCUCAACUUGGAACGGGUAACUGAGAUCUUGGAUUACUGGGGCCCAAACUCGGGCCCGCUGACAUGGCGGCUGACCCCAGCGGAGGUGCGUCAGGUUCUGGCGCUGCGGAUUGACUUCAGAAGUGAGGAUAUCAAGAGGCUGAGGCUCUAAAUCUAGCACGCUGAUAGUCAGUGAUGGGACUGGAGCGCACACCUUGUGAUGCAUUUCACUAAAGAGCAGCUCUGCAAAAUCCAGGUUUAAUCCAUAUAUCUGUAAAUGGAUGUGGGUUGGGCACGGGCAAAUGGCUGGGGAUUUCUUUUUGGUGGAAACCGCCUCAGUGCUCACCCGGGACAUUUCAGCUUCUGCUCCAUAUACGGUGUCUCUGUGCUCUGCUGAUGCCAGUCUAUACUGCAGUUUAUAGCUGAGUUUUUAGGGGGAGACAAUUAUUCAGUGGUUAUAUGGCAAUGAUGGUGAUCAUUUUGAGGUGAAUAUAUGAGAAUAUUUUCUUUCAUGUGUAAUUAUGUCAUACUGGGAGUUCCAACCUUUUAACCUGUAACUGGCUCCAUGAAACGAGGGCACACUGGGACUGAAGACUGGAGCUCUGCGACCGUCAGUGAAACAGAGCAGUAAUGAACAUCAUCUCCAUUAAACUGACAGAAGCAGGUCAGACAGCUGAUCCAGCCUAGUCAUUCAAUAUAUGAAUAGCUCCUUGUCUGUGAUGAUGGAACACUUUUAACCUAAUAAAUUGAGAGCCGCUGUGGCGUACUUUCUGAUCCCUGCCAUCCACCACAUUUCACGAAGUGCUGCCCUAUUGCCAUGUAAAAGCUGUUCCCGGUCUUUUAUAUACUGUACAUAUUUGUGACAAAGCAAUGAAUGAAGGCAGUGAAGCAUUAAAGUGGGCCAUUCUCAUAA